CCUUGCUUUUUUGUUAUGUGACACACCCGAGCAGUGAUCUCGUCCACUCGUUACGACAGUUUCUCGCUCGUCAAUUCUACGGGAAACAACUUGGUAUAUAUAUAUUUGACCGUAUUUACAUCUUAUUUUUAAGAAAGUGGAAAGGUCUAAAAUGAAAUCAGUGAGUCUAGUUAUUAUGACCGCUCUCUUGGUCUUUGUAUACGCGGCCGACGAACACCAACAUGGCAUGUUAGACGUUUUUGAUGAAAUUCUUAAAAAGUUAAAUGUUACCGAGGAUUAUUUACCAAAAGAGAAAAUUAAUGUUUUUGUUAACACGGUUUUCCGCAAUUUUAGAUGUAAAGCUGUUGGUGGAACUUGUGAUCAAACAAUGUGUUUUAACACAACCGAUGUUAUUAACAUCGUAAAUGGAGACGUGACAGUUGGAAUCCAAGAGUCACAGUUUGAGGACUUGGCUGUCGUAUUAUUGUAUUAUGUACAGAAUUCUGCCGUCUUCUGCCGUCAACAAGUGGAUAUUACCCAGUUUACUCUGGAUAUCUAUAAAACAAACUUCACACAGUCUCUUGUUACAUCAGAACUAGCGAACAAGACGAACGAGGCACAAUUAGAAGAAUUUCUUGAAGUCUUGAACGUUACCUAUGUCCCUGUUGAUGAAGACGAGCAUGAACAUGAGGAAAAUGAAGUUCUAGUUUUCGAGGAAGAGUGUUUGGCUGCCGAUGUUAUUAUUAGUAAUCUUGGAAAUGGCGCGGAAACUAUUCAAGAGGACCAUUUCCAGGAAGUUGCAGCUUUAUUAAUUUACCAUUUCUUUUCCAGUUCACAAAUAAAACAUAAAUGUCGUCUAUUACCAACGAAAGAGUUUUUUAUUGACGAACUUUUCGAGUCCUUUCAUAGUGUCAACAACACAUUAAGCAAAGAAGAAUUCAAAGAAUUAUUAACAAAGUUGGGUAUUUCAUCUUCUACAACUCAAGAAGAUGCACAUAUUCAUACUGAAAGGAAAAAAAGAAGUACAAGAUCAGAGAAUGUCAUGAAACGGUCAAAACGUGCUGCGGAUGAACACGAGGAACACGACCAUGCUACAGUCAAGUCAUGUUAUAGUGCGGAUCAACUGUUAACUGUGUAUGAUACUGCGACUCCAAUUUCUAAAACAGACUUUACCCAGCUUUGUCCAGCUUUAAUUUAUCAACAAACAUCGGAGGCGUGUAAAGCUACUACUGAUCAUGAUGAUUCAACGACACCAACAGAAGCAGAACGUUAUGGUUAUUCAAGUUUAGCGGUAUUCAUUAUUACCUUGUGUGCGCUAUUCGGCGCCAUCUUGUUUCCGUUUAGUAAAAAUAGAUGUUAUGAUGGGUUCAUGGCUGUGUUUAUGGGUUUGGCUGUUGGUACAUUAACUAGUGACGCCUUACUUCAUCUGAUACCAGAGGCUUUUGGUAUCCACAAGCACAGCGAGGAAGACGGUCAUGACCAUGGGUCCGGUGAAAUAGUUGUUGAAUCUUUUGUAUGGUAUGCCUUCGCAGCUAUUGGAAGUAUCUACGUAUUUUACCUCCUCGAAACAAUAUUCGGAAUGGCUGGACAUUCACAUUCUGCACCGGGUCACAGUCACGAAGCCCAUAUAGUUGGAAAAGAGAGCACGAGUAAUGGCGUGAAUGGUGUAAAUGAAGUUAAAAAUGGAUUGGAUGUGGUUGAUAAAGGCGAACAAAAGGUAAGGAAUCGAUUAAUGGUCAAGCUCUAG